AUGGCGCUUGUUAGCGCUUGCCGCGCUACAACACUGUUCAUGAGCUGGGCCAUCUCAGAGGAAGCGCAGACGUCGGUCGUGACUCCGAGCGUUCGCACGGACAUCAACACCAACAAUCCCUGGGAUAUCCCAGAGGCCUACAUGGCUGAGUUUCCAAAGUUCAUGGAGGAUCGCACGACGGCGGAGGAGUGGCGCCAGACGUUCACGCUGAACAUUGGCGAAGCGCAGGGCAAGCCAUCGCCCGGCUGGCUUGGUCUUCAUUCUGGUCAGUGA